CCUACGGCCCCAUCGUCAUAAAUUACUCCCUUUAUAAAUCCUUGCAAUUGCCUCCAUUUAUUUUCUCUUCAAAACCAUACAGUUAAUUAAGUUCAUUUCAUUUAUCCUCUCAAAUAACUUUACACUAUUUUCAAUUUCCUCCAAAUGGGUGAGAAAAAAGAAGAAACCAAAGUUAAAGGAGCAGAGAAGAAGAAUGAAGGCGGAGAAAAAAAGGAUGAUGGCCCUGCCAUAGUUUUAAAGCUUGAUUUGCAUUGUGAAGGUUGUGCCCAAAAAGUCAGACGUUUCAUUCGCCACACCAGAGGUGUGGAAAACGUGAAAUCGGACUGUGAAAGUGGGAAAUUGACAAUAAAAGGGGACGUAGACCCCUCAUGGCUCCGGGAAAGGGUCGAGAUCAAGACCAAAAAGACGGUGGAGCUCAUAUCAUCGUCGUCCAAAAAGGGCGGCGGUGAUGGCACCGCAGAUAAGAAGAGCGGUGGUGAUGUCGCCGCAGAUAAAAAAGGCCGUGAAAAAGCAGAAAAGAAGACAGAGGACAAGAAGGCUGAUGAGAAGAAACCCAAAGAGAUCCAAGAAAGCAGUGUGGUGGCAUUGAAGAUUCGCGUGCAUUGUGACGGGUGUGCACAUAAAAUAAAACGAGUUAUUAAAAAGAUUAAAGGGGUGCAAGAAGUGAAGAUAGAAUCAGAAAAAGAUUUGGUAAUGGUAAAGGGGACGAUGGAUAUAAAGAAUUUAACUGCCUGCUUGACUGAUAAAUUGAAGCAAAAUGUUGAAGUUGUUCCACUAAAGAAAGACAAUGGUGGUGGUGAAAAGAAAGGCAAGGAGGGUGACAAUGACAAGAAGGAGAUAGAGGGUCGCGGCGGAGACAAGAAAGAAAAAGGCGGUAGUGGUGGUAUGGAGAAAAAAGACGGUGAUUCGAAGGUGGCUAGUAGUGGAGGAGGAGGAAGUAAAAGUGUAGAUCCAAAAGAGCAAAAAAGCGAAGUAAUCAACAAAAUGGAGUACUAUGGUUAUAAUGCAAAUACGGUUUUCUCAAUGCCUAUGCAAAAUCAAAGUUAUAUGGAUCAAGGUUAUGGCGCGACAAUGUAUGAUCCUGGUUAUGCUCAUUCGGGCUAUGUAGUUGAGUACGGACACCAGCCACAGUAUGUGCCACCACCUCCUCCACCAACGUACUUGAAUGCGCCUCAAAUGUUCAGUGAUGAAAAUCCCAACGGUUGUUUGAUCAUGUAAAAUGAUCACCAUUGACCAAUGUUUCUGAAAGACGCAAACUCGGAGGAGUCUUGUCUAUGAAGUAGAGCAACCUCAUUACAUCAUUUUCCCUGCAACGAAGCUUCUAGCUUUAAUUUUAGAUAAUACGAAUUUUAGUUCAGCUAAAAUUGUACAAAUUCCUAAUAUAUAAAAGCUGAAGAAAUAGUUAUAGAUGAGGAUAGACUAUGUAGUGUUGUCUUAGGAAAUUCUAUUUGUAGUGGAGAAAGGCUAAACCACCAUUAAGUGGUGCAGUAAUCGGUAGUCAUUUGUUUAUUAAUUUUGACUAGUAUGGUAUUAAUUAUAUUAGUUUGUAACUUGAAAUGUAUUCAAUUUCUUCGAAGAUAUUUUUUAUUAUACAAAGUUCUUCUACUCC